CUCUCCGCCUCCACAAACACACACACACACACUGGCGACACCGACCAGAGAGCCACACAGGAACGUCAUCCUCGCCAUACCCAUCACCCAGUCACUCGCCAAAAUCUUACAAGUAUCUAGGGAAAAAAGUACGGGAUAUUCGAGGAGCUGCUAGUGGACUACUCAGGAGCAGCAGUAGUGGACUGGACACAAAGAAGGCGCUACUGGACAACUCCGGAACAGGUGAUACACCAGGAAGAGGCUACAGGACAAGCUAGGACACCAAGGUUCAGUUACUGACCCCAGCGGAAGGAGCUGCAGGACAGCCAAGGACGGGAAACAAGCAGGUUGCAGUACAAUUCAAGAUAAUAAAGGUUGGCAGUUGGACAAUCUAGGACCACCAAAGGCAGCUAGAGAGACACCAAUGGCGGCCGGCCGUCCCAGAGGGACAUAUAACCACGUCCUAACCCUCCGCCUCCUCACCAUUCUAGUUUUGGGUGGUUGUGGUGCCGCUGAUACUCUGUUGUCGUUGGACGCCUUCUCCAAGUACCAGGCGCGGGGUGGAGGGAGCCGCCCACAGGUGAGGCAACCCUUCCUCAAACACCACCAGCCUCCCUCAGGAGUCCUCCUGCCCGAGGGACGCCCACAGCAGCAGGAGCGCCUCCAGGAUGAGGACCCACUGGCGUCUCCCGACGCUUUCAGAAGACGCAGCCAUGCCCAAAGGGGAGACGGGCAACUCGAGUUCAAAUCCAUCUUAGGAAGGGGCUUAGUGGUGUCUGGGGAGGAUAUAGGAUACAGGAGGGGUAAAGGGCUGCCUAGAGAGGAUAAAGGGCUGCCUAGAGAGGAUAAAGGACUGCCUAGAGAGGAUAAAGGGUUGCCAAGGGGAUAUAAAGGGUCACCUGGUAUUCGCCAGGUGUCACGAACACGCAAGAGCGCCCAGCACACCGGUCCAGAAGCCACUCCAAAAACAAACGAGGCAUUAAAGACGCUCCCUGCGCUGGUGGAAGACGCCUUCCUGCCCCCGGUACUGCCUCCUCUACAGCAAGUCUCGCCUUUUGAGGUGCCGAAGAUUGGCAAAAUUGAGCCUUUCAUGUUGGGCGGGAAGAGCGCCGUCAGCUCCCUGGGGAAGGAUCCUGGUGAUGAGAUCUCGUCUCGUUAUGCUGCUGUGGGGGGCUUCACCCCCUUUCCUCCUCCAUCUAUUCCGGGCAAAGACGAACCUUAUGGCUCGCUACCCAGGUUAAUCCCUAUUGGGGAAGCCCCUGAACAUAAAUCCCCUAGUUUUGCUCUAACACUUCCCAACCGUAAAUCGCCAACUACACAAUCUCCAGUUAAGUCUUCGAUAGGUAAAUCGCCAAGUCUCCCUUCCCCUGCAAUCCCAUUAGGUCAUAAGCUCCCAGGUCCAGCACUCCGUGGUAAUCCUGAUGUCAGUAAGCCACUAAACCCACCUGUGAGCAUCUCUGGAGAUGAAUCCCCAGGUCCCGUGGCUCCUACUGCUCCCCCCCGACGGUUACCCCCUCUGGGAGGCCCACUCCCUCCUGGCCCACCUCCUGAAUUCCCCACAGCUCAUCACCCAUCUGGCCAAGGCCCACCCAUCACCCAUCCCGUACGAAAAUCCCCAACACAACAGCCGCCUAUUACUUCAGCAAGACUCAAAUCUCCCAUUCCAGGUAAGCCCAGUAAUCCUCCGGGAAAAUCCCCCUUGCUACUUCCGAAGCUCCCGGUCACCGACUCCCACCGUCAUAAGACGCCCCCGGUUCGUAAAUCUCCCCCUGCGCCCCCGGUGGCCAAGUCUCCUCCGUCAGUACCGGAGAUAACCAGCACCUCCCCAGCCCUGGGGCUCCCAGCCCCCUCGCUCAGCACCAAGCACACCUUCCCAGACCUCUCAGACGAGGGCACGGUCACGCCCACGCUAAAGCCCGGGGUCACCCUGGCCAUCGCCGCCCCCAUUGAACUCCCUACCUACAAAAUCGGACCGACGGGCAUAGAGCUCCAGGGAGGCUCGGCCGGCCCCCCCGUGGCCGGUGGACCCCCACUGGUCACCCCAUUCAACCCCUUCAGCACCGUGGUGCUCCCAGGGUACGGCCAGACCCUGGGAGGGAGUCAGAACUACUACCACCUCCCACUGCAAAUCCCACUGCUCAACUUCCCAGGAGGAGGUGGCGGCUUGCAGGGAUUUUAACACUGACUCAAGUCAUUCACAUCUUCCUGUAUAACUCUUCUGCAGCUUGAAUGACGGCGUCUGUAUCAUACAUGUAUGCCAGGUGUGCUGAAUGUGAAGCAGUAUACACUGAUGUAUUAAUACAUAACUUGUAUAAGCUGCUGUAUUAAUAUAUAACUUGUAAACACUCCUGUAUUAAUGCAUAACUUAUAUACCCUGCUGUAUUAAUACAUAACUUGUAUACACUGUUGUAUUAAUACAUAACUUGUAUGCACUGCUGUAUUAAUACAUAACUUGUAUACACUGUUGUAUUAAUACAUAACUUGUAUGCACUGCUGUAUUAAUACAUAACUUGUAUACACUGCUGUAUUAAUACAUAACUUGUAUACACUGCUGUAUUAAUACAUAACUUGUAUACACUGCUGUAUUAAUACAUAACUUGUAUACACUGCUGUAUUAAUACAUAACUUGUAUACACUGCUGUA